CGAAGUUAUGCACCCCUCCUUAACAUAGUCCCGCUCCGCUACUUAUUUUAACAAAUUUUCUUUUGAGAAAAAAAAAAAAACCUUUUUUAAUUCAUUUUUGAAAAAAAAAAGAACAAGAAAAAAGAAAAAGAAACUGUGCAGACAGAGACAGGUAAAAACCCCACAAGACCACCCCACCCUUUUUUCCUUCUGUACACCACCCCCCCCAAAAAAAAAAAAGUGGAAAUUCUCCCUUUCCCUCUCCACCAAACCCAAACUGUUCCUUCCUCAGAUUUUUUUUUUUGCUGUUCCUGAGCUAGGGUUUCGGCAAAUCUCUGCUUGGCUCGCUAGUAGCUAUUAUUCGCGAUGGACGAUGGGGGGCAUCGUGAAAAUGGAAGGCACAAAGGAGAUCAGUAUAAAACAGCUCAGGGUCAGUGGAUGAUGCAACAUCAACCAUCUAUGAAACAGAUAAUGGCACUAAUGGCUGAAAGAGAUGCAGCUAUUCAGGAAAGAAAUUUGGCCCUUGCAGAGAAAAAGGCUGCGCUUGCUGAGCGAGACAUGGCAUUCCUCCAGAGAGAUGCAGCAAUUGCUGAACGAAACAAUGCCAUAAUGGAACGAGAUAAUGCUGUUGCAACCCUUCAGUACCGGGAGAACUCCUUAAGUAAUGGUAAUAUGUCUUCAUGUCCACCAGGAUGCCAAAUUUCACGCGGGGUAAAGCAUAUGCACCACCCACAGACGCAUGCACAUCACAUGCAACACGUGAAUGAAGGUUCUUACGCUACCAGGGAAAUGAACACAACAGAUUCCCUCCCAAUAUCACCAGAUGCUUCGGAUGCUGCAAAGUCAAGGCGGGGAAAACGAAUGAAGGAGGCCAAACCAGUAUCACCAAAUAAGAAGGCUUCAAAACCUCCAAGAAAACUUAAAAGGGAGAGUGAGGACUUGAAUAAGAUGGCAUUUGGCAAGGCACAAGAGUGGAAGAGUGGGCAGGGUAUGGUUGGUGGAAGUGAUGAUUUUAACAAACAGUUGGUCGUGUCAAAGUCCGAUUGGAAGGGUCAAGACCUGGGGUUGAACCAAGUUUCUUAUGAUGAGUCAACCAUGCCAGCGCCAGUUUGUACGUGCACUGGUGUCAUACGGCAGUGCUACAAAUGGGGGAAUGGAGGUUGGCAAUCGUCGUGUUGCACAACUACCAUGUCAAUGUAUCCACUACCUGCAGUGCCAAACAAGCGGCAUGCCCGAGUUGGAGGCCGAAAAAUGAGCGGAAGUGCUUUUAACAAGCUGCUUAGCCGGCUUGCUGCUGAAGGCCAUGAUCUUUCAAAUCCAGUUGAUCUCAAGGAUCACUGGGCCAAGCAUGGGACAAACCGCUACAUCACGAUCAAGUAGGAGAGAAAAUAUUCAUUUGGGUUGGAGGAACAUAAGGUUAAGGGAAAGGCACCUAGUAAUCUGAUACGCAUUCUCAAAUUUUUGACACGAGCCAUGAAGGAUGUUGUUGGGUUUGGUCAGGUUUCUUCGCAAAGUCAAUUUCUCACCUCUCCCUUUCCUCUCUGCUGUUAACGCUCAGUUCGGGUUCAAUUUUAAAGCAACUGACGAGGGCCUCUUUCUCAUUUGGUUCACAUUAGAAAGGAUUUUGUUAAAUUCUUGAUUGGCUUAGCAACUGGCUAAAAUCACAAUGGGUCACAAUUCUGUAAAGAACUUACAAGUUACAACGCGUAAGCUGGGACCAACUAUUAUUUAUUGGAACUAUCUUACCCUAUAUUGUCAUGUACUUCUAAUGAACCAUCCGUGGUAUUCCUUGAUAUAACAGCUAUUAAUAGGUGCUCGAAAGCAAUGACGGUGAAUUUGUAGGUGUAAAACAAUUCUACAAAUCCCGUUUCAGUUGUGUGAAAUUAUGUUAAUCCCGUUGUUACUUUUUAAUUCAGAUGUAGCUAUCAGUAGCGAACCAUCUUUUAUCUUG